ACUGGCUCCACAGGAGCAGUUGAACCAAUAGAUACACAUGAAUUUGGCGAAUUCAGGCAGUCUGUCUUUAUUGGUAAUUCUUAUUUCGGGGUGGUUGUAGAAGAUAGCAUUUAAUCUGGCUGCAUUAAAUGUUUUCUGUACAGCUCUUCUUAGUUUCUGAGUCACGAUUUCUUCAGUGGUGUCAUUUAUGAAUUUUAAUUUUAUGAACAGUACUUUCUUAGGGACGGUAGGUAUCUUUGCCCUUGUUUUCAUCUCCAUCAUGUGCUUGUCGAUGAAUUUUAUAGGGUACCCAUUCAUACUAAGUAAGUUCCAAAUAUUAAGCAGUUUAUCCUCAAUGGUGUCUUUCGAGCAAAUCAUUCUGGCACGAUGAGUCAAGAUCUUUAUGGCGACCGUCUGUUGCAACUAUGCUCAGGUAACCAUCUAUUUAUGGUAAACGCCAAGUUUAAACAUAGGGAGAAGCAUAGUCUGACGUGGAAACUUCCACAAUCGACUCAUUGAUGGACUCAAAUAUAUCAUAUUGCCAUUAGCCGUCGUUGAAAGGUCUCGAUAGAAGACUAUCUCUCAUUCUGGAGCACACUUUUAGACUCGGACCAUGCUAUAUUUUGAGCACGUAUUUGUCUGCAUCCUACUGGACAUAGAAAACUCACAGCAAGGGAACCCCUUUGCAUUUAACUUAAUGAUGACAAGGUUGAGAGUAUAUUUCAGGAACAACUAGAGAGAGAGAGUUAGUCAACCGUGAGAGUGAUAUCCAUCCCGACAUAGCUUACUAUGAUGUCCGAAAGGCUGUGGAAAUAACAGUGAUUUCAGUGGUGUCUACAGAACUGAUAGGUGCUCGGAAACUCAUCCCGUUUGGCUCAGAACACGAUGAGGAGCGGGGAAAGGUUAAACAUAGGUUGAUUAAAAAAGCUACACAAUGGUCGUAAGCAGUGGUAGAUAGCGAAAGCAAGAGAUAGGGGAAAGACAAGAGGUAACAGAAGACAACUGUUCAUACUUAUCAAGUAAACGGGCAUUAGGAAUACGACUGUUGGUGGAACUAUCUCGAAAAAAAGAGGGGCUAUUAUUCACUCCUUUACAAUUCUUCUUGCUUAUUUCAGCUCACCGUGCUAAAGUGGUAUGGUAAUUUGGUUUUAAGCAUAUUUUUACUAGACUCUAUUUACCUUUAUAUUCUUAUACAACUUUUAAUGGAAAAUAUUUAAGGUAUCACUAAUAUUCUAUACGGACAUAUAUGAAUGGUUAUCACCAGAGAAGCUGGAUUGUUAAAUGAAUCCGCUUAGGUGUUGAUGAAUCCUAGAGACAAUUGACUGAAAAAAAGAGACUUAUCCAUGUAGAAAAUAAUCACUUGUAUGGAGAAAAAAGAAACAAAAUAAGAUGAAUAGAUUAUUAAACACCAUCUAAACUUUAUGGUUGAAAUCUCAGGUUUACAAAUCUUCAUCUCAGUGUACUAUGUUUAAUAUUUAGUAUGAUUUUUAUUUUGGAUUAUUGUAAAAUUAAUGUCAUAAUACAUUUUUAUAUCUGUUUUGAAUAAUUCUUAGCCAUGCCGCCGUACUGGAAGGAGUUCGACCGGUUCGGUAACAAAUACAAUUUCUCCGAGUUCUUACACACCUGUUUCCAUUUGUGAUGUGCGAUCAAAUUCAGUUACACCGAAGACGGGAAAUAAUGGUUCUCGUCACCGUUCAGCAUCUGGAUCCUGCCAGGAUAUUAUUACCACUCCAGAGUCCAGGUCUGCUGGUGAAAUCUCAGAAUGCAAGUCAAUAACUCCUACUCCGGACAAAACAGAGAUUUUCUUUGCUCACCAGGUUGUGCAAAAUUCUUGUGCUACUCACGCCCUACUGAGUAUUUUAUUAAAUAGACCUGAAAUAAAUAUAGGACAUAUGUUAGCUGAAUUUCAAAAAGCUACUCGUUAUUUAUCACCAGAAGCUAAAGGUCUUGCCAUCGGAAGCAUGCCACAACUUGCUCAGGCACAUAAUCGACAUGCUGCAAAACCACUAACAGUUUGUAAGAACGAAACAAUAUCCAAUUUGGAAUUACCUGAACCAAGUCAAGCUGCAGCAACCGCAGCAGCAAUCGCUAAGGCUAGUAUAGGAACGGUGAAUUGUGUGAAUUCAUCAGAUUCAAGUCCUAGUCUCGCUACUACAACAGGAUCUAACGUAACAGUUCCAGAUACAUUUCAUUUUGUUUGUUAUGUUCCUAUUGGUGGGUUUUUAUAUGAACUAGAUGGUCUUACAUCUGAACCAAUAAAUCAUGGUCCGUUAAAGAAUCCAAAUGAUCAAUUUGCUUGGACUGAACAGUGUGCUGAUGUUUUGAAGGAACGUAUGCAAGAACAAGAUGUUCGGUAUAAUUUAUUAGCUGUUGUACCAGAUCGUCGUGUAGCGCUUACAAAACGUAUGCAAAUGUUAAAACGCAAUCGUCAACUUAUUCAAGAUAUUCUGUUCCGUAUGUGUCAGUUUGAUCAUGCGUCCAAGUCGUUACAUUGUUCUAAUAGUAAUAAUAUUACUGUUACUACUGCUACUGCUACUACUACCAAUAUUACGACUACUAUUACUACCACUGUUUCUAUCAAUCAUGAAAAUCCACAUAAUCAAUCUAAUUGUCGUCAUCAUCUUCAUUCUCAUCUUAUUCAAGAAAAAUAUAAAUCAAGUCCAUCUGAACAUUUUAUCAAUGAUGAAAACUGUGUACACCUGCCAAACUCAUCACCAUCUUUAUAUGUGGGAAAACAAUAUAACCCUCCAUGCAUAGAAAAAUGUUCACCUACAAGCACAAAUAUGCAUAAUUGUAUUAACAGUAUUAAUACCAAUAAUAACAAUCUUGAUAAAAACAAACAUGAAUCAUCUGAUGACUUUGAGAAUUCACGUUCCAUCAAAACUCGUUCAGCGACACGUGCUGCCAAACAAACAAUUUAUGAGAACCACAACUAUCCUGAGUCAGGACUAAGUAAAUCAAUACAUCAAAAACAUAAUAAUUCUCUAUCUGGUACUAUUUUAACUGAUAGUAUACAUUCUCCUACCAAUGAUGAUUACAGUACAUUUUGUUUUUCAUCUCGUAAACGUUCUUCCUAUUCAUCACCAAAUGAACAUAAUGAUCCAGACUGUUGGGACUGUCAACACAAAAAGCCUUAUUUACAUAUGCCUCAACAGGAUGAUAUCAAUAAUAAUAAUAAUAAUAA